AUGCCACUUACUACCACCUUGAGACGCAUUAGCGUCAGUGCCGCUCUUCGAAGGUCAUCCAAAGCUAGUGUCGAGACGACCCGGAUCGAAGACAAAAUCGAAGCAGAGUCCAAGGAUGCAAAGCAAGACGCCGUCAAACCACCAGUCAUCUUAUCCCUGCCAACCGAGCUCUGGGCUCAGAUCUUCACCUCACUCAGCUUCAAGGACAUCUGUAGCAUACGUCUGACUUGCAAAGACGGAUAUGGACUGGCGAGCGAAGGCGAUAUACUGCGGGAAUGGGCGCACACGGAGGAUCACAUAGGAGCGCACCUCCUUAGGCUCUUCCCUUGCACUCCUCCGAUCCGCCUUGACUAUGUCGCCAACCAACUCAAACGCAAGGACAUCACCAGUGAUACAGCAGCUCGAUACACAGCUUACAUCUACAAGAACGUCAUCCGCGUCUCACUAUCACGGGUAAUACCUCAUUUCAGCGAGACAAAAAUAAGAUGCGACUUCGUCUUCGUGGCAGCACGGAUGCAGCAGCGCAUGAUCCCCCUGCUGCAAACUCUCCAGCACUAUCUCGAAUCCCUCGCAACUAUCAUCGUGAAGCUAUCUGAGCAGCGUGCCUCGCAGCCUGGUUCUCGAGCACUCCAUCUCAGCUACGCCGAGGCCGAGCAGAAGCUGCUCUCCAGCUACGACCCAGAACAUCUCAGCCAAGUCUAUCGCCUCUGGUGCUUCAUGACAUGGAUGUCCAACCAGAUCCACAACCGGCCCUCGUACGCAGGAGGCUUCGAGCGAGCUGUGCGUGGAUGGCUGGUAGACCCUAUGCAGAGUGCGGAGCUGGACCUGGCACUUGUACUCGGUGGCGGUCUGAGAGUGGUUCGAGAGUCGCUUCGUCUGAAUACCUUUAAAGACCGCCGAAGUAUGCUUGAGCGGAGGAUGAAGCAGUUGAGGCCUGAUAGUAAUGUUCGAUGGGAGGAAGCUUGGAAGAAGAAUGGAAUGGUUUCGCCACGCAGAGAUGUGGCGUCGAGAGCACUGCAGACUACGGUUGAGCCUGGGCAGGUGUUUGCUAGUGGUGCACGGGCUGUGUUGCUGGAGGCAGGGAUGAUGAGCCGUGACAGCAGUGCUUUCGUGGGGACAGUGGACCAGUGUACUGAAUUCCUUCGCGACAUGGCUGGCUACGAUCUCUUGCAUGUCUUACCACCGGAGCAGCUCCCGGAUGAAGAAUCGGGAGACGGCCUGGAUGACGAACGCGAGCGAGAUACAGAGGGUCGAGAUCGUUGUUUGAACUGUGAACGCUACGGACAUCAAGCAGGCGACUGUCCUGAUGCUGUGCGAUGA